CGUCGGAUCUAUAUCAUGAAGCUUUUCAGUCUGGACGCACUCGAUCACGUGCUCAAUCGAUGCAUUUUCGUUGUUUUUAAAACUCUCAUUGUGAUGCUUCUAGGCGAUAGUAUUCCAGCAGGUCGACCAAGCAAUUGGGAUGAUAGCCGGAAGCCGAGUUUCUCAGGUCGACGCUCCCGUCGCAAUUCACUCAGUGAAGAAUCUCAGCUAACGAUCGAGAACUUUGGCGGUUCUCAGGAUCAGUUGAACACGAUUGGUCGUUUCGAUCGGGAACGAAAAAUUUCCAACACUAGUCUUACAUCGGUGGAACCAGCUACCCCGGUACGAUCCUCGCUAGCUGACGCUCGCGGUUCGAUCCAGUUCGGCUACGAUACCGAUUCUUCCGGUAAUGAGAAACAGGAUCGCGACACCGAGAAGCCCGUGCCAACGCUCCGGCGGCACAACAGUACCAAUCUACAUUCCAGUAGCGUUGAAAAAGACAUUAUCGAUGGCGAUAUGAGUUCAAAUUUUAGCGGCGGUAGUGGUGGAGUUGUCUCGGUAGCUGACGUGGAAACCACUCCACGGAGGAAAACAUCUUUUGCGACACUACCAAGUAACACGACUACGUGGCAGCAGCAAGCGAUAUGCGUGCAGAAAAAAGACGAAUCUGCUGACACCCAACCGGGUUACGAGGAUGCUAGCAAGAUUUCCACCAUUAAGCUAAAGCUGGAGGAAAAGCGAAGACUUAUCGAGCAAGAAAAGCGACGGAUUGAAACCGCCUGGUCAAAGCAGUUACAAACGGUUGGAAAACAAGCCUUUUUACAAGCUAUUAACAAGGGUAACAAGGGUGGCGGCAGCAUGUCGGAAUCGGACGCUUCCAAAGAGUCCGGUGAGACUGUGGUACUAGAGGACACUGGGGGUGCCGCGGUUGAUAAAGUUGAACGACCGUGUUCUCUCAAGGAUUUGGAUGAUCAAAGUAAAUACGAAGCGAAAUGGAAUGCACAGAUCAUCGAGCCCAAGAAAACACCGGAUUUGGAGAACAUGGACUUGGAACAGUAUCAACAAAGUAUUUCAAAAAUGAACUCCAACCUGCACGACAUCCAGGCUGACAUUCAGCGUUUAACCCAACAGCAGAGCCAGAUCCAGGCCCAAACCAUCCAGGCACAUCAGCUACUGCAUGCACAACAAAUCGCCAGUUUACUUAGCCAGCAAUACGGUUCCCAACAGAACAUUCAGCAAACGAUACACGGUACUUACCGACCUAUCAAUACUCAAUUGUUCGGCUCUAGUCCUCAUUUGCCGCAGCAACAGCACCCACAACAGCAGCAGCAAUCCCCAAUUAACUAUGGAUCGCGACCUCCCAGUCGUGAUCCGUACAUGUCACAACAGCAGCAACUACACACACUCCAGUACGUUAAUGAUCAGGGGCAAUAUACACAACAGCCUCAGCAGCAGCAGUAUCCCAACAUGGGGUACGAAAAUGGGCAGUACCGAAAGGAAAAUCAAUACUCUUCAAAUCCGUAUUUAAGUACGGAUCAACAGCAGCAACAAUUUUACCAGGACUCGAAUCACUAUCGGGACCCAUAUUUGAUGCAGGAAGUCAAAGAACCACCCAUCCAGCAACAACAACAACAACAGCACAAUCAAUUCUUUUUGCAUGACAGUAACUCGACGCUGCCACCACAACCCGCUCAGCGGCGGACGUGGGCACAAUCAGCUGCGGCUGCUGCCAAUCAACGUGGGGGUACCAGUGACAUAGCUCUGGACAUCAACGCUUGGAAUCAGGGUAUAAAGAGUUCACCGUACAACAAAUCUCCUAGUCAAAGUGGCUUUUCGCUACAUCAUAACGGUGACUCUGGUGCUGCCGACAGCUACGGUAACACGAGUCGACAUAGCGGCAGCCAGCAGUCAUUCCAAAAUCUGUUCGAAGUACACCACGGUUCUUCGAGUAGCCCCCAGCAUAACCGAGUUCGGAACCAAAUCUCACAGAUGAUAAGUCAUGGCAGCAGUAGCAAUUCUUCACCCAGUGCAGAAAACCGCAGUCAUAAUGAUAGUUUUCGAGAUAACCGAAGCAUGCCGCUGUCUCCGCCGAUUGACGAUAUGGCACCGCAAAGUAUUUCCUUUAUUGGUGAUGAGGACACCGGUGACAUCGAGAUAAACACAUCGAAGAACACCAGUUUCACUAGAAGACAGCAGCAACAGCAACAGCUGGAGCAGCUGUACGGUAGCAGUAAAACGGGCAGCAAGGUGCAGCACAACAGCAAUCAGGAGCUGGACAAGCAUUUGAAUAAGCUGAACAUCACCAGCGGCAAUCGUACCUAUAGGAUUCCAUCGCCUACGAGACCAACGAUAAAUUCGAAUAGUUUCCAUGACCCACAGCAAGAUGAUGUGAACGAGAAAGGUUUCUACAUCUCAUUUGACAACGAGCAGCCAAAGCGGCCCAAACCCCCAUUGCGAACCAAGCGUUCACCGAAGAAAGAUAAGCUAGACACAGAUCACAGCGAAAGAAACAAAGAGUCCGAAAGAUCCAGCCAUAGAGAGAACAAUCAAAAUAAUUUCGGCACCUUCAGCGUGAAAACGGCCAACAGUUUCUCGGCCAACUUCAACGAAGAGCAAGUGGUGAGCCGCAAGAGCAUCAUCGAUAGUGCAACGUCGCCAUUCGAGACGGGUGCUGGUAGCGCCGGGAAUCGAUCUAGUAAUAACAACCAUAGUGGCAUCGGCAUGGCAUACGAGCGGGAUUUGAGCGAGAGGCGUCAUCUAGAGGAUGUGACAAAUCACACCAACAGUGGAGUGAACAAUAACAAUAUUCAUCACUACAAUAAUAAUAACAAUAACAACAACAACAGCGAUGAAUACGGAAGCGAGAAUGAGAAUCAGCGCAAGGCUAAGCUAGUGAUCGGAACCGACGCGACCAAUCUGGACCCGGUGAGUUUGAAGCUGCAGCAUCCCGUCACACCGAUCAUCAUCCGUCAUCAACCGCUUCUGACCCCGCCAUCUAGCUACAAAGUUCCCGGUGAACCAUCCGGAAGAGCGACGACCGUCAAAUCCGCGCUUGCUAGGGAGCAGCGUCGUUGCCAGCAUACGUCCAGUUGCUGGGCACCGACUAUCGAUCAACCCACGUGGGAAACAUGUAAUGCAGUGACCUCCAUCAGGUCAGACUCUGCCAGCAAACGACCGGGCAAAUCGUUUGUGGCAACCGGAUCAGCAUCUCCAGCGGACUGGAUCUUCGAGCGACCCACGUAA